UGCAAGUUCAGGUGCACUCUCUCAAACGAUCAUUCUACUGCUGUUUUGCUGUGACAUGCAGUGUGACGGUGUCAUCACUCAUCACUUUUUAAUAGGCGGCAGGAAUGCCACAUUUCCAAAGGUUUAUUUGAAAAGACUUGGUGUUGUGGAUAAACUACAGUGUUUCCUACACUGCUCCCAAUACACGGGAUGUCGCCGCGUUGGAGUCUCCACAGUCGGGGAAUGUUUUUUAUUCGCUGAAUCCAACAGAACACUUCCUGAUGAAUCUAUUAAUACAGGCUACCUCUACAGUUCACUCGUGGCAGGUUUGACCACACAAGAACAGAACAGCACCAUAAGUGAUGCUAGACAGAGGUCCACGUCAUCAAUGAACACAAGACAACAGACGAUGAGAGCCACAGAAGCCCACAGCAGCAGCAGCAGCAGCAGCAGCAGCAGCAACCCUGUGAGUCCUGCGACUGCGAACACUGAGACCACGACGACCUCGAAAUCCAGCAAUACGAGCAAUGGCACAGAGGAUAGAACCCCAGAUAUCACACACAGCAAGGCCAUCACGCCCUCCAGCAAUUCGAGCACAGAGGAUAGAACAUCAGACAUCAGACAGAGCAAGGCCACCACUCACGCCAGCAUUACAAGCACUGGACCAGACCUCAGUGGGAGCCAGGCCACCACGCCCCCCAGACCAUCACCAGGUGACGCUUUUAUCAAGAGUGUCUAUACCAUCGUGACGCAAACCGGUACCGAGAAAGAUAGUGGCACGGCGUGCUUUGUAUACGUGGACCUAUAUGGAGAGACAGGUGGUAAAGAAACGUUGUAUCUCGAUAACCCAGGGGAUGAAAUGUCCGAAGGUUCUAAUGAUACUUUUACAUUUAUCAGGUCAAGCGAUCUUGGAAACUUCACAAAGAUGGUGCUGAGAGUUGGCAAAUUUGGUCUAAGGCCUGGAUGGUUAGUUGUUGGGGUGGAGGUAGGGCGUAAGCGUACCUACGAGCGACACGAAACCACUGACAUAUAUUACACUUAUAUCAACCAGUGGUUCCAGAGAAUGGAUGGGUGGCAUUUCUUCGAAUUUGCAGAAACUAAAUUUGUAAUGAAUUACACCAUGAUGUCCACGUUCACCACAGAAUACUGAUAGGUAUUGUGUAUGCAAUCUAUGUAAUCUCGAAAAAUGGAAAAUGGUUAAGCGAACAGUGUAUUAGUGUAAGUAGCCUUAAUUCCAAUAGUUUUCCAUAGUAAACG